CUCUGCCGCCUUCUUCUGGCACACGGGAAUUUAACUUUUGCGUCCAUAUGGGCAACUUAUUGACGUUAACCGUGAAGUGAACGGCCAUUCGCGUUCGCACGGAGGAGCGGAGCCGGUGUGAAUCUGUCCGGUAGAGGAGGCACACGGAGCGGCCACGGAGCGCAGCGCCGCCAGUCAGUGACAUUGACUCAUUAGGAGUGUUGUUGCUGCCGCCGCGCACAAGUUGGAGCGCUUUUCCUCCCCCCUUCUCUCUCUCUCUUUUCUUUCCUCUCCCCCCCUCUCAGCUUCCAGCUACAAUGAGCGAAUACUUCAGCCUGUCGGACUGCGAUGUGAUCGGCUUCGACCUGGACCACACGCUGUGCCGCUACCAUCUGAAGGAGACCUCCAGGCUCAUCUAUGAGAGCUUUGCCAGGUACCUGGUGGAGCAUAAAGGAUAUGACAAGGACCUGCUGAAUCUAACUCCAGCUACCUGGGACUUCUGUUUUAAAGGGCUAGUGGUCGAUCUGGAGGAUGGAAACCUUGUGAAGCUAGCCGAAGAUGGAACGGUCUUGCGAGCGACGCAUGGAACCAAUGACCUCAGCACAGAAGAGAUCAUCAAACAUUACGGCCCGAAAAGGGAGUGGAAGCACUUCAACAGCCUCAAUACCUCGUUCACAAGAUCUGCAAAAUACUAUUUCUAUGACAACUACUUUGAUCUGCCUGGGGCUUUCCUCUGUGGAAGAGUCGUGGACAUGUUGCACAAGCGAGGUAAUGAGGUGAAUUCUGACUUUUGGAAAGACAUGAUGGCUGCCAUCGACCACAAUUACAACACAUCCGCUUUCAAAGACGAUGCCGGGACAUACUUCCCCAGUGUGAAGAGGGAUCCCGGCCGGUACCUGCAGCCUUGCUCCGACUCCGUUAAAACCUGGCUGCGCAGCAUGAAGAACGCCGGGAAGGUCCUCCUCCUCAUCACCAGCUCCCACAGCGACUACUGCAGGCUCAUCUGCGAACACAUCCUGGGGAAGGAUUUUGAGGAGCUGUUUGAUAUAAUCAUCACGAACGCCCUGAAGCCUGGAUUCUUCUCCUUGGUGCCCCAGCAGAGGCCCUUUAGGACCCUUGUGAACGACGUGGAGGAGAGCCAAGGGCUGCCGUCGCUGGACAAACCUGGCUGGUACUCGCAGGGCAACUGGCCUCACCUCCACGAACUGCUCAAGACCAUGACGGGGAAACCGGAGCCCAAGGUAGUGUAUUUCGGAGACAGCAUGAGGUCGGACAUGUUCCCCGCCAGCAGCUUUGGGAAGUGGGAGACGGUGAUGAUAGUGGAGGAAAUGGAGGGGGAGGGCGUCCCGAAGAGUGAUGCUGCGAUGUCCAACGAGGCCCAAGUGGAGCCGCUGGAGAAAAGGGGAAAGUUUGAGGAGCAGGGCAUGAAGUCACCCUCCUCAGCGUCCAACCAGUGGGGCUCCUACUUCGUCGACGUACGUAAAAGUGGAGGAGGAGACGAGGAGAGCCAGAAACUGACGUGGUGCUGCCACUGCAUUCACAAAUACAGCACCAUGGCUAUACCCAGUGUCGAGCACAUAGCAGAUCUGCCUCUGGAUUACAAGUUCCCCAGGUUUUCCCCUGACAAGCCCUGCACCACCGGCUACUACCCCAGGCCCCCAGAUUCUUUGCUGAAGAGGUGCGAGAGUCUGUCGUAAAACAAGAAAAGAGAAAGGAGAAGAGAAGAAAAAAAGGAAAAGAAAAAAGUCCUCCCUUACCCCUCUGCCUCAGGAGAGGAAUGUGCCUCCAUUUUUUGCCUGUAGUUUCCCACCUGACCCCGCCACCAUCUGUGGAGCACAGGAAGCAUACACUUCUCACCCGUUCAGAGAAACCAUGUGAAUGUAAGCCACAGUAUCUCUCCGUAAUAAACGCCUACAUUUGAACGUUGUAUCGUGGUUUAGUGUUAACGUACACGUGGAAAAACGACAAAAUAAGUGUGCGUGUGUGUCUGCAUACAGUAAUAAUAGGAGAUGUAGUGUUCUUAUUGUUUCAUGUGUGUGAGGCCCCCUAUUAUUUUCCAUAAUAGAUUGUUUGAAUUCUUCGACGUGAACAUUUUACCGUCUCUUUUUCCCCGAAGUGAUUACCUCAAGAACGUGAUCUACUGUAAGUAAAACAGGAGUACGUGUCCCCUAAGAGCCUUUGAAAUCCUUGUGUCAGUAUUUCUGUACAACACUGUUAUUGUGAAGUCCUCCUCCUUUUUUUUUUUUUUUAGAUAUGGUUUAAUUGUGUGCAUUUUAGUAACCUUGACAAGAAGUUUAAGGCCUGUUGUUUCCCCUGUGUCAGUUUCGUGGAAGGUGUUAAUCUUCAGGUCAUUGUUGCUAAAAAAAAAAAAAAAAAAAAAAAAUAGCACAAUAUUGUCCUUUGUGUUGGCUGUUUCAAAAAAUCACUACUUUGGGAAACAACAACGAUAAUAAUAAUGAUAAUAAUAAUAAUAAUGGACGAUGAAGACUAUGCUAGAUGUUCUCUGUAUUACUUUUGGUGCAACAGUGAAUCUUUUGAGUGAUUGUGUAAAAAAUGUGGACUUCUUGUGCUUCAUUCAUAUGCAGAUUCAGAUAUGCUUUAACCGACUUCUGAAUGGUUAUUUUGUCAGUGUGCAUAGACAAGUCGUGCCAUAAUACUUAGGGAACACUCAGUUUGGGAACCACCUGUGGAAGUUUGCCUUGUUGCUGUCUUAGAAGAUUGGUAUCAUGUUCAUUUUUGUGCAUUUUAAGUGUUUAGCACAGCUUAGCAUGAAGACCAAACUGCAGGAAAAUAUGUCGAUAUCACUCCAAAGCAACAACUGUAUAUAAAAGAUGGAUGUUGCCACUGUGACUUCUAUAUAAUCUGACUUCUUUUGACAACCAGAGGACUCGUCCCUGCUGACAAUUAGAAAGAAUGCAGGUUUAAGGCACAUGAAGGCUUCAUUUUUCAGGCCCAGAAGCCUAUACGUCCAUAUUUUAUAUUGACUAUGGCUCUAAGAGGUAAAAUACAUCUUGCAACAACUCUGGGAAAGCUUAUCUUUAACACAUGAACCACUUUCAAGAAUCGGUGGGUUAGGACUGAGGGUCUUUGGUUCAUUGGCUGAUAGGAACUGAGACUGGAGAACCAAAUCGUGUCAGGUUCAAACAAGUAUUCAAAGUUUUAGUUUGGAAUUGACAUGACCAACCAAAAGAUGUAGGGCAUUGGGGUCGACAAUUAACCAAUUCAACCCAUGUUGUAUUAUAUUGUCUUCUUCCAGUAUUGCAUCUUGAACAUGUCGCAGAAUCACAACAAAACUGCUAGCCUGUGGAGUUUUUUUUCUUUUAGUGUUUCAACCAUCAUAUUACAGCUUCCCAAUGUCCUUGAUCAAUAAGAGCUUAACCUACCGACCUACUCGGUUUAUUUAAGCACAAAACAUAGAGCACAAGUAAACAUAGUAACUCAACAAAACCCCAACACUAAGUAGCGUUGUGAAUUGCAGAGCCGUGCUGAUACAUGCACAAACAUAAAUGACAACUGCGUAAACUAGAUUAUAAGCUCUGCGACGAUUCAACAGGGUAGGAAAAAGCCUGUUCAGGUCAGGCCUUACAUUUUGAGUUGGUUUUCUAGGGUUCCAUUUCAGAUUGGGCCCAAAAUUUCCAUCAAGAUCCUGGCGUGGAAAGAGCAGGAAGAGAGCAUUUGAGAAUCUACACACACGAACAAACGAUAACUACUGAACUAUUUGCACAAAGUUAGCAUAGAACUUUAAAUUGGCUCAUGACUUUUCAAUUUAUAGUGCCAAAUCCAAAAUUCUUCCAUCUCAGUUCUCAAAAUGUUCAAUGUAAUCUUUUCACUCGCUUUGGUUAACUGGUUUACUCCACUGAUCUCAAAGGUGGACGCAACAAGGGAGAAGCCAGUAAAAAUACAGCGAGGAGGAAUUUUGCAAGGUCGGCCUGCUUGUACAUUGUGAAUUACAGUUUAAAAUGAAAAGUGUCAUGUUUGCUAUGUCACUGCCACUGCACUGAGUUGUUGCAGCUCAUAAAUUAAGUUUAAGCUAGUAAAACCACAACCCGUUUUUGUGUUGUUUUUUUUUAACAUGAUUUGCAUAAACAAGGGGCAACAUGUUAACAAAGCUGUUUGGGAGAUUUUUGCACAUCCUUUUUUUUUUUUUUUUUAAAUACUACUUUCUUCCAGUCUUCGUGUUAAGCUGUGCUAAACGCCCAGGGUCUGUCUCUAUGGUAACCACACAGAGAUGACACUGGUUUAAAUCUUCUCAUUUGUUUCUGAUUAAGUCAUUAAACAAGAAGAUUUCCCAAAUGUCAAAGUGUUCCUUUAAGAUGACCAUCAUCUCAUAAGUGAGGACAGAUUAUUUUGACAAUAAGCAGCAUACGGCCGCAGGCAUGUGAGAUUGGUCAUCCAAAGUGAAUUAUUACUUGUGCUGUGUGUGCAAGUGUUUUAUGCAUACAGCUGUAGUGAUUGUACUGUUCUUUUCUCAUCUGACCUGGAAAAUUUGACAUGCACAUUUGCCUUAUGUUGGAUUCAUUUGUGGUCUUAAGUUCUUGACAACACAGGGAAAGUUCAAUUCUGUGUUCAAGUGUUGAAGUACUGUCAAUGAAAUAAAAUGUUCUACGAUUUUCUUA